AUGUGUUUGAAUUCUCAAUUCUUAUUUUGUUUAUUAAGCCCGACAUGGUGUUAUUUCACUUAUGAAACUACAACAACGAAAACGAAAGUUGCCGUUAAAGCAACAACAAAAAAAGCUGUUAUCAAACAACAAAGUACAAAAGUUUCAUCACAACAGUCAGCCUAUGCUUAUUUGGCAUCAUUAAAACCAAAACGCUCAUGUUCAUCUGGAUCUUGUCCAUUUUGGGAAAAGCAUGGACGUUCGUUUGCUGCUCUUCGAUGUUAUCAAAAACGCUAUCAAGAAUGUACAUGUUUACAUCGAAUGUGUUUUAGUAGCUGUAUGUUUGACCGUCAAACAUGCAACACAGAAAUGGUUGCAUGUCUAAAACAAAUCUGUUCAGAAUGUAUGCCACCGUCGGCAACGGCGGUGUGUACAGUUUAUGAUUCAAUGGCUGAACGUGUUGCUGAGGCAUUAUCCAUGUUUGCUUGUUAUCCAUGUUGUCCACAAGCGAUGAUGAAUAACUCUUUAACCGAAGAUAUAAUUGCAAGUAGUACUGCUUCUACCGUUCCGCCUAAUGGUUAUUCAAGUCAACCAGGUGAAGGUUAUAAUAAUGGUCAGUUACCAGGUAGUGGAAAUUCCUAUCCAACUAAUGAAAAUAUCAAUGAACAAUAUCCUAUCAAUGGGAAUACACCACAAAAUGGUAAUGGUAAUGAAUACAUAAUAAAUAACGGUACGUUCAGCAGUAACUCUAUCUAAUUUCACUUUUCAUAAUGUGUUGUACAGAGUAGUCACAACAACAGUUGUCAGUUCCUUUCUUUAGUUCACAUAGACUCUAAAAUUGAAAUAUAAAUGCAAAGUAUAGUCAAUUGAUUUUGCUCUACUCGAAUAUGAAACUUGAUUUUAAUUGAGACUGUUCAUAAAGACAAAAAAACGUUUCCACAGAAUAACGAUAAUUUUUGCCUCCUCAAAAUUUAUAGAAACAUUUCAUUGUUCUUUCAAAACUUGCAUAACUUUACUUUUGAAAACGAAAUAUAGCAUCGGAAAGAACAGCAUCAACAAUAUUUUGUCAAAAAAUUUAACCAUAGCGUUGAAAUUAGUAUAAAAAGUUGGAUGUGAUCCGUGUAUUGUAACUCUCCAUUUUUCAGAGUUUUAACGAUUUUCUACAGAUUUUUUUCUCCAAGUAAACGCAUGCUGAUUUGAGUGCUGAUAAGCCCUACGAAAAAAAUAAGAGUGAUUUUCUGUGCAUUAUUCAAUGUGUUCAGUAUUCUACCACCUAAAAGUCAAUCUUUUCAGAAUUCUUACAGGGCAAACGAACGUCCUCUUUUAUAAGUUGAAGUUUCUUGUAAAGUCAUAGGGGUAAAGAAAAAUUUUGUCUCAUAUCUUUCACCGGCUCUUGACCGAUUUUUAUGUUCGGCAAAAUAAUCUUUAGAAAACCACUAAAACAGAUGUUGGUAUAUUUUGUUAUCAAAGAUCGUUUGCCCUGUAAGAAUUCUGAAAAGAUUGACUUUUAGGUGGUAGAAUACUGAACACAUUGAAUAAUGCACAGAAA